AUGGAUGACGAGAAGGCAAAAGUCAAGAAGAAGGGUGCCACUCACCGCAAGUCCCUUUCUUGCGAAUACUGCAGCCGAUCGUUUGCUCGCCUGGAGCAUCUCCAACGCCAUCUCCGCACCCAUACCAAAGAGAAACCCUUCUCAUGUGACAUCUGCUCAAAGUCAUUUGCCCGGAGUGACCUUCUGGUGCGACAUGAGCGAUUGGUCCAUCCAGCCGAAAGUGCGGCCGGUCGUGAACAUCGCACGCAUAACGGAACCGAGAAUAACCACCAUGAGAUUCCAAUUCAGUCGUCCAUCAUUCAACCCGCCCAUCAUGAGUCACGCAUGUUAGAGCUGGCCGACGCUAUCCCGGUCCAUACCCAAGUCCCCCCUCCACCUCCCGAAGUCCAGGUCCAACCACCCCCUAUAGUCGAGACUACCCACUUCAAUCCCUCUUGGGGUUACGACUUGAACCUCUUAUCGCACGCCGCAAGUCAUGUUGCCUUGGAAGGUCAACAAGAGACUUUGGAUUCCAUCCGCAAAUCCUCGCAUACAAUCGACACCCCAUCCCAACCUCUUCCCCCACCUCCAGAGAGAGCCAUCACCGACAACUAUGGUGUAGAGCCAUCAUUUCUCGAUCUUACGGAUCUUGGAGACCCCGUUCAAGAUUUCACUGUAUUUUUGGAAAGUGUCGGCUUAUCAUCCGAUUGGGACUCGGGGAUCUUCUCCUCAGUUGAAGAGCCCAUGUUGCCGCCGAGUCUCUCUAUCGACUCGAAACCGCAAGUCCGGGAUACGCCGGCAUCUGCACGUCUUGGUGCUGAUCUUAUGGGUGAUGUGCGAGUUCAGGCAGAUGACCCACCUUCGUUUUCUAAUUUCGGAUCUCGCUUGCCAUCGCUGCAGCCUGAGUCCCACGAGAUGGAAGAUCGAAUUGGCCUUUCGGAUGAUAGCGCACGUCCAGCAUGGGACAUCACUAAUGCUGAUCGCCAAAUUUUCGUCUCCAAGUUGGAAGAAUUCUCCUUCGUUCUUCCCAAGGGCUUUGUGCCGCCAUCUCGUCAUGCAUUAUCUCGGUUUUAUGCUGGAUACAUCAACGGAUUGAAUGAACAUUUGCCCUUCGUACAUGUUCCUACACUUUCAAUUGCCAAAUGUUCACCAGAGCUCACUCUAGCCACGGCAGCUGCUGGGUCGCACUACCGAUUCGAGAACGCCAUUUUGUUGGAACGUCUUCGCCGACGGGACAGCAGACAGGUACCACAGCCAUCAUGGAACUAUAUCUCUCCACCUUCCAAUUUUCCAAACUCGCGUGGAUCUUCGAUUAUCUCCAACACCGCGAGUAGUCCAUUUCAAACCCAUCAUAUGCCGAAUCCUCCUGUGAACGCAUCUAUCUAUACUCCAGACGACUCAGAUGCGCACAUGGAAGUGAUUCGGACAUUUUUACUCCUCACUGUGUUUGCUUCUUGGGAGAGGCAACCAGAGCUGUUGCGAGAGAUCCUCUCGCUUCAAAGCACACUAGCAAGGCUGGUUCGGGAGCACGGCCUGUCUGAGCCACCCCCCCACGCCUGA